CCCCGCGUCCCUCUACACACACAACACCCUCCUCCUGCUCUCCUCGUCCUCGCACCUUCUUCCACCUCUGCUCUCUGCUCUGCUCUCCCAGCCACCGAGGGAGAACAGAGUCGCUAGUAGCUGCUGCUUGGCUCCCUUCCCUUCCCCACCACAAGGCUUCCUUCGAUUCCAUCGGAUCAAGACCAGCUCCCUGCUUGCUUGAUCAGGAGGCAGAGGCUGUAGCUAGAUGACGAAGCAGGGCGUGGUGGUGCCGGUGCCGGAGGCGGCCGUGGCGGUGCCGCCCAACACGGCGCCGCUGUUCCAGUACCCGCCGCCGCGGGCCGCGCCGGGCAUCGCCGUGCGCAAGAAGUACCUGCAGAUGGGCGCCGCCGCCGGUGCCGGCGCCGGGGCGCGCAUCGGCGGCGGCGGCUGGGUGGAGUCCAUGCGCGCGUCCUCGCCCACGCACGCCAGGGCGGCCGCCGCGCUCGCCGCGGGCGUCGACGAGGAGCGCUACGCCGAGUGGAUGGUGAAGCACCCGUCGGCGCUGGGCAUGUUCGACCAGGUGGUGGCGGCGUCCAAGGGGAAGCAGAUCGUCGUGUUCCUCGACUACGACGGCACGCUGUCCCCCAUCGUCGACGACCCCGACGCCGCCUACAUGUCGGACACGAUGCGGCGGGCGGUGCGGAGCGUCGCCAAGCACUUCCCGACGGCGAUCGUGAGCGGGCGGUGCCGCGACAAGGUGUUCGAGUUCGUGAAGCUGGCUGAGCUGUACUACGCCGGCAGCCACGGCAUGGACAUCAAGGGCCCCGCGAAAGGGUCCCGGCACACCAAGGCCGCCAAGGCCAAAGGCGUUCUCUUUCAGCCGGCCAGCCAGUUCCUGCCCAUGAUAGAGCAGGUGCACGAUUCUCUGGUGGAAAAGACCAAGUGCAUACCUGGAGCCAAGGUGGAGAACAACAAGUUUUGUGUGUCUGUCCACUUCAGAUGCGUCGAUGAGAAGAGCUGGAGCACAUUGGCUGACCUGGUGAAGUCGGUGCUGACGGACUACCCGAAGCUGAAGCUGACGCAGGGGCGGAUGGUGUUCGAGGUCCGCCCCACCAUCAAGUGGGACAAGGGCAAGGCCCUGGAGUUCCUCCUCGAGUCCCUGGGCUUCGCCGACUGCACCGACGUGCUCCCCGUCUACAUCGGCGACGACCGCACCGACGAGGACGCCUUCAAGGUGCUCCGCAAGCGCGGCCAGGGCGUGGGCAUCCUCGUCUCCAAGCACCCCAAGGACACCUCCGCCUCCUACUCGCUGCAGGAGCCCGCCGAGGUGAUGGAGUUCCUGCUGCGGCUUGUCGAGUGGGAGCGCCUCUCCAAGGCCCGCCCCGCCAAGUGGUGAUGCUCCACGAUGACCGACCGACGCGACGGCCACCUACCCGGUGCCGCCGCCGCCGCCGGCGAUCACCAUCGAGGAGAUUACUUACCGGCCAGAGGGAUUAAAUUAGUAUAUAUAUACUAUAUAUAUUUAUAAGUAACUAGUAUGAAUUAUACUACGGGUGAUCGAUUAAUUAGAGGGAUCGAAGGGGAGUAAAUUAAUUAAGAUGAUCCCGGCCGCGUCCGUCAGCGUGGUGUCGUACGUUGUUUUAACCCACACUCCUACUCUUACUGAGAGAGUGAGCUGAGACGAGAUGAGAGAGUUCGAUCAGUCUGUGCUGUGCCCGGCACAGUCGUCAUGUGCGUCCACCACGGCGACUCCCUUGUUUUUACGGGAGCCGCCCUCUGCUGUGCUGUGCUUGCCGGGGACGAAGAGGCCGGGCUCUAAAAAAACGGAAAGCCUUUUUGCUUUCUUGGCCCCUGGCCCUUUGGCUACAGCCAUCUGGCUCCUGCUGCCGCUGCAUGCGCAGCAAGGUGAAGGAUGUACAUGUACAUGCUGCUGUGUAGUGUAGUGUAGUGUAUGUACGUAGUAAUUACUACUACAGUCUACUACUACUACUAGCUGCUCCUCCGACCAUGAACCAUGGCUGCUGAAUUCUGAGAUUGUACGUGUACAAUAGCAAUUGUCGAUGUUAUGUAUGAAAUCAUCUCUGUUCUAUAAAGAAGCUUGCUUUUCUCACUA